CAUCAUUCAUCUAUCCAAUCAAUAUCAUAAAUUUCAUUUGACCUUUUCUAGAGAAUAUCUUGAUAACAUUUUGCGUGAUUUGUCACCCGGUACUUCCGAAAGAGAGAGCACAUAAAAGUUUCUCUUUCGUCAUUAGGCCAAACAGCCGUGCAAAUAUAAAUUCACAUGCAUGAACCGUAAAAACCUGCUCACAGCAUUACCUAUGUCCAACCAAAGUUCAUGGAGUGUUGACGCGAUCGGUCGCUUCUUGCAUCAUUCCCCACAGACCAAGACCCUGACAUCGGUCAAGAAAUUGCAUGCCUACCUGCUCACAACCGGUUUACUUCUCUUGUCCCCGAGCGUCCAAGCAAAACUCAUCUUCUCAUACACUGCCUGCGUUCCAAGAACUAACCUUCAAAUUUUGACUAACUUGUGCAAGUUCUUGAUCCCCAACAGAGACCCUGUACCCUUCAAUAUUCUGAUAUCGCAGUUUGCUCGAAAUGGGUUUGCUCCAUAUGCACUAAAGACCUUCUCUUUCAUGCAUUUCAGUGGUGUUCAUUUGGAUUCAUAUGCUCUGUGCAGCACCUUGACGGCUUCCUCCGACGGUGAGGGUGUGAUUUUCGGUAGACAGGUGCAUGCCCUCGUCGUGAGGUCAGGUUGGUCGUCCAGUGUUUUUGUUAAUGGUGCUCUGAUUGAUUUGUAUGCAAAGUCAUCAUUGGUUGAUGAUGCGGCACAGCUGUUUGAUGAAAUUCCUGUUAAGAACACCGUUUGUGCCAACGCUCUAUUGUCCGGUUAUAUUGAUGCUAAGAUGUGGUCAGAGGGGCUCAAAGUGGCUAGAAACAUGCCUCUCUUGAAUAUAAAUCAUGAUCAUUUCACAUUGUCGGCGAUGUUGAGGGCAUCCACCGGACUGUCUGCAGUUGAGUUGGGUAGGCAGGUUCAUGGCCGCCUUGUUCGCACAGUUUACGAUUCUGAGAAUGAUUUGUUUUUGCAGAGUUCAGUGAUCGAAAUGUAUGGUAAAUGUGGCUUUGUAGAAAAGGCUUGUCAAGUAUUUGCUUUGGCUGGAUAUGGAGGAGAGGGAGAGAAUGACCUUGUUCUUUGGACUUCCAUGUUGGAUGCUUACGGAACAAAUGGUUGUUAUGGUAAAGUGAUUGAAUUGUAUAAAGAAAUGCUCGUAAAAGGGAUCAAGCCAGAUGAGGUAGCCUUUGUGACUGUUAUCGCAGCUUGCGCUCGAACUGGUCAAGUGGCACUUGGGAUUGAAUUUUUCGAAUCAAUUAGAAAUGAGUACAACGUGAAGCCUACCCAAGAGCACUACAGUUGUCUGGUGGAUCUGCUUUCUAGGGCAGGUGAGUUAGAUAGAGCUUGGAAGCUGCUCGACGAGAUGCUUCAGAAGGGGUUUGGUGGUACUGAUUCAAUGUGGGGGGCUCUUCUCAACGCUUGCUUGGACAGUGGGAACAUUGAACUGGGAAAAUUGGCUGCUCAAAGAGCACUUGAGUGGGAUCCUCAAAAUGUUGGAAUUUAUAUAUUGCUAUCAAACUUAUAUGCUAGAUUUGGCAUGUGGGAUCAGAUUGGAUUGUUGAGGGAGUUAAUGAAAGAAAGAGGGUUGAAGAAAGAUACUGGAUGUAGUUGGAUUGAGGUCGCAAAUUAAAUUGGUUUUUCAAUUUGGAUAAACUAUGAAGAAGUGGUUUCCAUUUUUGCUUGGAAUAUGACCAUGCUUAAUUAAGCAUAGUCCAAAUGGCUUUUCUUGCAGAAGAGCUUGAAAUUGGAGGCAUAGAAGCACGUACUAAAUACAGAGAUGGACUGCAGCUCAAAGACAAAGCUGAUAGGAGAACUUGGCUUAUGACUUUGGAAUUAGACAACAUUCUUAAAAGUUAAACGUCUUUGAUAAGGUUGACAUGAAUCGUAAGACUAGAGGUAGUCAAAUGGAAUAGUCGGAGACUUGCGAUUCUAAUCUCAAUUUGUUUGAAGAUGCUUGAAAAGGAUUUGCAUAAUGAUGUUGCAGCUGUUGUCCCAUAAAGGUGCUUUGCAUAGCAAAUUUUGCCAAUGAAAAGGAAACAAGGUGGUAAAACGGAGCAUACUUAAGCCUCGGCACUACUUUUAGAAGCAGAUAAGCUAUUACAACAUGCAGCUGCUUGUGAGGUGAAUGGCUGAUUUAUGCUCUAUCCACACUUGAACAAGCUACCAAGCGGUACCGUGUGCAGAACACAUCAUCACCAUCUAGCUUUGAGAAGCUCAUGUGAAUUAGCAUUCAUUCGUAAUCUUAUUGUAGGAUUUUCUGUCGGGUACUUGACCUUACAAUGGUGUCCUUGAGAUAAAGUGUCCGGUCCAUUUCAAUAAAGCUGAGGACCCUCUCGAAGGUACCAUGUUAGUCAUUUUGAUGCUCUGAGAAAAAAAGACAGUAAAUGAGAUGGGGUCAUCCACUCUGGUUUUCGUACGGUUGUCCAUGUGCUCUCAUGGUCAUUUCAUUAUAAUUCCAAUUUGUCACUCUCUUGGGUCCGGUUGUCUUAAUCCUUAAUUGCCACGAUCCUCUCGGUUUGGCUUGCAAGACCCGGAUCAACAGUCCUGUCGUCCCGUUCACAGUGAGGUAAAAUUCACCAUGCCCCUUCUUAAUUUCAAGUUUUAGCACUAUGACUGACUCCUUCCUAAGUGAAGCAAAACCCUCAUAACUCAUGCAUUUACGACAUAUUCGAAGUUGAGAUGGAACCUGUAGGUUGUUUUCAAGUAUAUGGAAUGAUCUCAUCCUCUCAGUGGACAUUAGUCGUUUGUCUGGAUAGGGAGGCUUUUGGGGCAAGAGUAACAUGGCCUUCAUGUGCCAAUCGCAGCCUUAGUCACAAUCAACUCCAAAAGGAAGAAAAGAAUUGCGCUUGUCUUGGUUAGGGUCCUGCGGAUCACCGCACUGCAUUGGAGGGAGAAUUGUGGGCCUAUGUACUUGGUUUUUUUGUCCCAAAACAAUCUCAUUCACAGAACAUGAAAGCCUUCAUACUCUCUCUCUCUCUCUCUCUCUCUCUCUCUCUCUCUCUCUCUCUCUCUCUCUCUCUCUCUCUCAUUUUCCAUGACAACCCUUUUUCAUGAAUUGCAGUAAUGUAUUUGAAUCUGAGUUCUUGUGCGAUAAAAUUCUAAAUUUAUCUUUCUUUUUUUGAGUUCUUUUUUGCUGGCAAGUUCAGACGCAGAGAGAAAAAAUCAAUGCGUCUUAUAGAUGCUAGUCAUUUCACCAACUUCCUCUGUUGAAUGUUGUCUGGGCCUUGAGGCAUGUGGGGACUCGUUAUGUGCUGUACUGGGCAUCACUUGACCCUCUGGAGAGAAACAAAAUUAGAAGACAUAAAUGGCUGGAAUUCGCCAUCACUCAAGCCAUUUCACAUGUACUGCACGUCGCUUUCUCAGCCUUAGAACAUGGAUAGACAUAAAUCUUCCUGAAACUGAUUGAAGAUCAGUGGUUCAUAUUCAAAAUUUAAGUAUUUUAUUUACUUUCGUCC